GGGGAUUGGAACGCCUGAAUCAUAUGAUUGGGAGGGGAUUGGAACGCCUGAAUCACAUGAUUGGGAGGGGAUUGGAACACCCGAAUCACAUGAUUGGGAGGGGAUUGGAACGCCUGAAUCACAUGAUUGGGAGGGGAUUGGAACGCCUGAAUCACAUGAUUGGGAGGGGAUUGGAACACUUGAAUCACAUGAUUGGGAGGGGAUUGGAACACCUGAAUCACAUGAUUGGGAGGGGAUUGGAACACCCGAAUCACAUGAUUGGGAGGGAAUUGGAAAACCUGAAUCACAUGAUUGGGAGGGGAUUGGAACACCUGAAUCACAUGAUUGGGAGGGGAUUGGAACACCUGAAUCACAUGAUUGGGAGGGGAUUGGAACACCUGAAUCACAUGAUUGGGAGGGAAUUGGAAAACCUGAAUCACAUGAUUGGGAGG